AUGGACAAGGCCAGCCAGCUGUUGAACGACGCCGUGGAGGCCGCCGUCAUGCGCUACGUGGGGGGCACGCUCGAUACAGGCGAGGAGCUCCAUGGGGCCGGCGCCCCGCAUGCAGAGGCCCCCGAGGAAGAGGAGCUCCUGCGCAAGCGGCUGCGGCUUAACCCCGAGGACUUGCUUUCGGAGUACCAGUGGGACCGGUUCUUGGAGGAGGAGGUGGCGGCCGGCUUCGAGCGCACCACGCCGAAGAAACGGCAGCGCAAGGACUACGGCGACCACAACGACAUCGACCCGAAUUUGGACGGGUUGGACGGCCACUCCGAGCACGACCAGCUAGUGCACGCGGCCAUUUUGGGAGCCGGGGAAUUGGCCAAGCAGCUCGCCUCGCCCGGGCCCUCGCAUCACAGGCUCCCCCCGCCGAUCGGCGCCCAUCAAGACCGGCGUGGCGGAGGCCGCCACGACGAACAAAACUCCACUGCCAUCAACCAUCUAGCGCAUGCCGCCACGGCGCUUUCUGCCGGAUACAGGCGCGACAGGCGCGAGGCCAAGCGGCCUUUGAAGAAGCACACUGCCGUGGCGCCGGAACAGAGCGAGCCGGCGCUCUCGGCCGAGUCCAAGUACAAUGCCUCCUCGCUCGAGACUCUCAUAACGCAGGCGUCGAGCGAGGCGUGCUUGUGGUACAACACGCAAUCGGACGCGGGCGGCCGUGGGCCCAGGGUGUUCUCUGAGCAGGAAAUCAACAUCGUGAAGCACUUCUUGCGCGGCUACUGCCGCCUCAACCACCUCAGCCGCAUGGACAUAUGCCGCCGUGUAUGGACCUCGGAGAGGCCCAAAGACAAUUUCUGGGAGUCCGUGACCAAGGUGCUACCCUACCGCUCCAAAGCCUCGGUGUACAAGCACGUCCGCAGACAGUACCACGUUUUCCUGGUGCGGGCGAUAUGGACUCCCGAGGAGGACGAGCUUCUCCGCAAACUCACCGAAAACGCUAGCACCAACUGGAAGGACAUUGGCGAGGCCAUGAACAGAAUGCCCGAGGACUGCAGAGACCGCUGGAGAAACUACAUCAAGUGCGGUGCCAAUCGGGUCAUGAACAAGUGGUCUGAGGACGAGGAGCAGUCUCUCAAGAACAUAGUGAUGGAGAUGAUCACGAACGAGUCGCAGACCGACAAACCGAUUCUCAUCAACUGGACCGUCGUGAGCGAGCGCAUGAACGGGGUCCGCUCCAGGAUCCAGUGCCGCUACAAGUGGAACAAGCUCUUGCGGAGAGAGUCGAUUUCUAGGAUCUCGAUGAUGGACAACUCCAUCAAGUUGUGGAUGUUGAACCGGAUUUUGGAGUCCAACGUCACGGACCAGGAGUCCAUCGAUUGGGACUAUAUCGUGCACAUGUACCACGAGACGCACAAGGACAAAAGCAAGAUCCUCUGGACUACUGCCGACUUCAAGCUCGCAUUCGAGAAGAUGCGCGCGACCAUCAGAGAGUACAAGGAAGCUCCUCUCCAAGCUGCCGUGGCCAAACUCGUCCGCAAACUAUACCAAACGACCCUCAACAGCGAUAGCCACGUCUCCCCGAUGCCACAAAAUGCGCCUGAGCCCAUUAGUUCCUACGAUGAGCUUCGACCAAAACCUUUCGAUGCAAGCCGAAAUGCUGAAAAUGAGGCCGCGCUGGUUGCGAAUGCAGCCGUGGCGGCCGUGUCUUCACGUGUUUCGGAGCAAGACGCCCAACAGCAGGAAUACAGCUUGUGGCGGUAA